UUCUGUUCAUUCUCCAGAAAUCAAGAGCAGAGAUGGGAAACACAUCCUCAAUCCGCGAUGGUCCUCCUCUGAAGAUUGUGAUGAUUGGGAAAACUGGUGUUGGGAAGAGUGCCAGUGGUAACACCAUCUUGGGAAGAAAUCAAGAAAUCUUUAAGUCCCUUGAGAGUGCAGAGUCCUGUGAGAGAGAAAGAGUUCAGUGCUCCAGAGCGAUCCAUGUGGUCGACACUCCUGGAAUUCUGGAUACGUCUAAAAGUGCAGAACACAUAAAGAAAGAGAUCGCAAAAUGCAUCCACAUGUCCUCUCCAGGCCCUCACGUCUUCCUGCUGAUCCUUCAGAUCAGCAGGUUCACCAGAGAAGAAGAAAACUGUGUGCAGGCCCUGGAGAAGAUGUUUGGACCGAAGUCAUCGAACUACAUGAUCGUCUUGUUCACUCAUGGUGACAAGCUGAGUCAGAAGGGCACAACCAAACGUGACUAUCUGCUAACCAGCCAUGUGAAGCUCACAGAGCUGCUGAACAGGUGUGGCAACAGGUUUCAUGUCUUCAACAACAAGAACAAGAACAGAACUCAAGUGGUGGAGCUGAUCCAGAAGAUUGAUGAGAUGGUGGCAGCAAACGGAGGAUCGUACUACAGCGAUGAAAUGUUUGAAGAGGCUCAGAGGAGUCUUCAGCAGAGUGAAGACAAAGACACAGCAGAGCCACUGUAUCACAACUUGUCCUUCAUGGAUGAGCUGCUGGAAAGAGUAAUCCUGUUUCAAUCCACACUGGCUGAUGUCUCAGUGGAUGAAGAUGACCAGGACCCAUGAUCCUUCAUUUGACUCCAUGAUGUGGCCUUAAUGUGAUGUGAAUAAUCCUAAAUUCUUUUGUACAGUCACAGUGGGUUUAGACACAAACAUCAUUAUCACUUGUCAACCAAUAAGAUAUGUGUGAUGAAAAUUAUUAAAUCAUUAAUGUUGUAUAUAGUCCAUGCACACAAUAAUUCAGAUAUUUUGCAAGAUAAAGAGUUAAAGCAUUAAAGAUUCUAUUGUUGUAAUUGUUUUUUUUUUUUU